AUGACGGCAACAUCUGUGGACGCCUUGAAGGAGAGAAGUAACAUCACCUCCAUCAGGUUGAUCAGCAGAGUUGUGGCGGAAGUCUGUGCUGCCCUGCAACAACCUCUGAGAGAAUUUGCAAAAAACCGCACUUUGUUUGACCAGUGGAGCGAAGAGGGAGAGUACAGUUUCCCCGCUCUGUAUAUCACCCCAGUUGUGGGGGAGUGGCAGGAGGGAGGAGGCUGUGAGCCCAUCACACUACGUUACCUGGAGUGGAGUAACCCUGAGUCGGUCAUCCAGGUGGUCCUCUCCUGUGUGGGCAUCCUGAUCACAUCCUUCGUGGCGUUCAUCUUCGUGCUGUACCGCGACACGCCCGUGGUCAAGUCCUCCAGCCGGGAGCUCUGCUACAUCAUCCUAGCCGGCAUCUUCCUGGGCUACUUGUGCCCCUUCACGCUGAUCGCCCGGCCCACCGUGGCCUCCUGCUACCUACAGAGGCUCCUGGUCGGCCUGUCCGCCGCCAUGUGCUACUCUGCGCUGGUCACCAAGACCAACCGCAUCGCCCGCAUCCUGGCGGGCAGCAAGAAGAAGAUCUGCACGCGCAAGCCCCGCUUCAUGAGCGCCUGGGCCCAGGUGGUGAUCGCCUCGCUGCUGGUGAGCGUGCAGCUGUCCCUGGAAAUCACCCUCAUCAUCCUGGAGCCGCCCAUGCCCGUCAAGUCCUACCCCAGCAUCCGAGAGGUCUUCCUCAUCUGCAACACCAGCAACGUGGGCAUGGUGGCACCGCUGGGCUACAACGGCCUGCUGAUCAUGAGCUGCACCUACUACGCCUUCAAGACGCGCAACGUGCCGGCCAACUUCAACGAGGCCAAGUACAUCGCCUUCACCAUGUACACCACCUGCAUCAUCUGGCUGGCCUUCGUGCCCAUCUACUUCGGCUCCAACUACAAGAUCAUCACCACGUCCUUCUCCGUCAGCCUGAGCGUCACCGUGGCGCUGGGCUGCAUGUUCACGCCCAAGAUGUACAUCAUCCUGGCCAAGCCCGAGAGGAACGUGCGCAGCGCCUUCACCACCUCCGACGUGGUGCGCAUGCACGUGGGCGACGGCAAGAUCGCCUGCCACAACAACAGCUUCCUGAACAUGUUCAGGAGGAAGAAGAACGCAGGAAAUGGCAGUUCUAAUGGAAAGUCUGUGUCAUGGUCUGAACCAGGUGCAAGGCAUCCUCCAAAGGGGGAUCACAUGUGGCACAGACUGUCAGUGCAUGUGAAGAGACAGGACGUAUGCUCCAAUCAGACGGCUGUCAUCAGGCCCUUAACUAACGCCUACCAUAGCGCAGGCCUGGAGCUCUCGGAGCUCAGCACUAAGACUCUGUACAACGUGGCCGAGGAGGACGAGAGCCUAGAAAUGCUUAGAUACCACCCCCCUGACGCCCCACCCCCCACCAUGACCCCCAGCGGGCAGGCAGCCUCCGGUGCGCAGGCGGUGCCCCACUACGCCCGCGAGCCCCUCGCCACGCAGCCCCACCCGGGCCUCCUCCCUCAGCACCUCCUCCCCCAGCACGUGCAGGAGGAGGAGCCGGCGGAGGGCGGUGGCGUCCCCGUCUACCUGCAGGCCCCCCUCGGUCAAGGCUUCCCUGCGCCGGGGGGUCUGUACGGGGGGGAGGGCGCCUCUGCAAUCGUGCAGGAGGAAGAGGAGGAAGAGGAGGAGGUGGACAACGAGCAGCUGGGCCUCCUACGGGGGUACAUGUACAACAACGCACAGGUCCACGAGCAGGAGGAGGAGGGGGAUGCGGGUGGGGAGUAUAAGGAGGAGGAGGAGGAUGAGGAUGAUGAGGUGGCUCAGCUCAAAGUGGCCAUUGAGGCCGGGAGCUCCAUGGCGCUGAUGCCCCCCUCCCCGUUCCGCGACUGCGUGGCCCCCCCCAAGAGCCCCUUCCCCGACUCCCCCGUGUCCGAGUCCGUCCUGUGCACCCCCACUAACGUGCCGUACGCCGCCGUUAUCCUCAGAGACUACAAACAGACCUCCUCCACUCUGUAACCUUGGCAACGGGGUGGGGGGGCGGCGG